AUGCCUCCGAAGCGCACACUUGCGGCCACGCAAAGACCUCCAACACAUCAACAAUCUACGGGUGUCAAGAAGAGUAGGAAGGUCGAUACUCCCAGCAGAAGCUUCCUAAUCCGAGCAGCAGACUCAAAUGGUACGCCGAUCAGAAGAACCACACGAUCUUCUUCCACGGGUAUUCAAGCGCACCUUCCACCCUCAAUUGCUACCCCAAGCGUCGAAUCCCUUCCGCCCAAGUCUAUCAACCCCGCUUUGACCGCGACUGGGGAAUCAACGGAGCCUCCGCUAUCUCCACAAGGAAAACGGAAACGCGAAUCCCAAAGGGAGAGACCCGACAAGCGACGACGGGAAGGGCCCUCAUCUGUGGCGGAGUUGGCCCCGUCGAAGGACCUUCUCAAUUGGAAGAAUCUGGAAAAGCUCAAUAGCGAAACAGCGUUGGAGACAUCGGACGACAUGACAGACAAGAAGAGAACGCUCUCGCGGAGAUCGAGCACUGCGGAUAUGAACCAAGAUGCAAGCUCGGUGUCUUCGCAGAAAACAUCUCUCUCGCUUUCCGAUUACCGCUUGAAUUCACUUGACCGUGCCAGAAUCAUCUUUCGGCACCGAGGAAUCCCAGAACCCCUUAAGCACAGAGUCAACGCCAUCCUCCAGCCUGAGCUCGAUAAAGAGAAAGAAACCCUCAUCUACUCCAUCGCAGACGACUUGUGCGAUGACUUUCCCGACGUCCUGGAAGUAGCGAGUAGGGAAGAUGAUUGCGUUGAAUUGAUAUAUCAGGCCCUGGAAGCAAUGAAUCGCAAGCUCUUCGGCAAAACUUUCGGUUUCCGCCGGAAAGCAGACUGGGACCCGGCUCUGAAACCCAAGGUUCAACGAAAGUCGUACCGCUCCGAACCUCCAGACAAGUCUCUCGAUAAUACAGUCGGUUCCCAUGAUCGACCAAUUAAGCGGCAGCAGGCAGAGACGUCGUACGUUUCGCCAGAAAGCUCCGAGAUAACCAUGCCACCGCCUCAACCUCCGCCAAAGAUUGACAAUAAUUUUGUCAAGAACGCUCGCCCGGACAUCACAAUAGGAUUCCUCCAUGCCGUCGUCGCCAAAAAAUUAGUGUCGAUGGGAGUCAACCAACUUGAUGCUGAGGAGAUGCUGAAGGAUCUGCAAUACGAAGAGGAGCUUUUGUCCAGUCCCACUCUUCCCGCGCUCCAUAUACGCUUUCCAUCCAUGGUAGUCGUACGCAACUGGGAAGAGCAUGGUCGGCUCGUGGAGCUCACUGAACGUCGUUCCCCAGCAACCUAUCAAAGUAAAGAACCUCUAGCCUUCUCUAUUACCCAUGAAGGGCCCAUCCUGCUACUCUGGUUGCACUCCAUCACGUCACUGGAAAAUGCGCGCUUCUAUAACGUGCAUGUUCUGAAAAUUUGUCAUGCAACGAUUCCCUCAACGACCAGGGAAUUCUUCAUAGCAUUGGCAGGAGUUAUGGAGUGGGCCAGCACUGAGUUUUUGGACGAUAUAGCAGCGCAACUGGUAUUGAUGUGGAAAGCCGCACAGAAGCAGACUACAUGA